AUGAACUUUGAUUUUUCUAUACCUUUGCAAAAAGAUGAACUGUUAGAAGCUCACGCAGGACAGUAUCAUGUAGAAGACGUGAUACAACCAAGAUUUUUGUUGUCUAAGCUUCAAGAUGCCGCCCGCGCCUAUAAUUCAGAGGGAGUAGAAUAUAUUUUGGAACACUUUGAUACGUAUUUCUCUAUAAUAAUUCAUGGUACUAAACUUGAAUGGAAUGAAAUAAAUAAAGGAUUUGAACAUAUUUUGAGGUCUGUAAAAAGUCUUUGUAAUCAACUUGAAGCUAUCUUCCAAGAGCAAGAUAUUGAUCCUGAUAUACGUAGUAAAUACCUCAAUGUAGUUAAAAUGGUUAUGUAUUUAUUUACACAAAUAAUGAAAACCAAAGAUGUCAAAUUAGCAGCAGAUAAUUCUACAAACCUGACAUUAGGUAAAAAAGGGAAGAAAAAUGCUGAUGAAGAAUUUUGUGGGUGGACUGAAAUGGAUAAACAAGGAGCUUUGCUUGCACUGCAUAUGUUGCUACAGCAGCCAUUGUCUCGCCUAUGGGAUCCACCACUUGCGGAAGAUAAUUUUGUUAAUAUGGUAGCUGAGCCUUGUUAUAAAGCAUUGGAAGAGCAAAUUAUUAAAACAAAGUCUGUAAGGGAAACAGUGUUCCAAGUUCUAGGUGUGUUAGUAAAAAAAUAUAACCAUGGUACAUCAUGCCUCAUUAAAUUAGUUCAGGUUUUGCAAAUGGCAGAACAUGCUGUGUUACCCAUCUGUGGAGGUGUGGUGCAGCUAACUAAAGAAUUUGGACUUGGUACCUUUGGACCGCAAAUGGUUCGAGAAAUAGCUGAAGCAUUGGCUUCAACAGACGACGAAGCCGCCGGUGCUGGCACUGAACAAGGUGCUGCAAGAAACUGUGGGGCAUUUUUAUUGGAAUUAACCAAGGAGUUGCCCAAGGAAAUGACCAACGCCAUUGCUACCCUGCAACCAUACUUGGAGAGUGAUGAGAGUUACACACUGCGAAUAAGCGUGUUGGGUAUGAUGUGCGAGGUGCUGAGUGUGGAGCUACGUGGAGAGGGACUAUCUGACGAGCAACGUGCGCAACGUGACGAUUUUCUUGAUGACCUAUAUGAACAUAUGCAUGACUUAUCAGCAUAUGUGCGUCAUAAGCGUCGCAGCUCCGUCAGUAGCAUCACCGUAAGCCACGACAUAUGUAAGCGCAAUAAAAAGAAACGCCGGUGCCGGUUCUGUCCUUGUAUGUUUAGAAUUUUGUCAGUUUCCGGCUGCUGUGUACUACAAUUCUGGUCGCGAUUACAAAGGGAGAACAGCGUGCCUGUCAGUAGACAACAUUCAGUAUUGGAAAGGGCCAUUGGCCGUUUAAAAGACAAAGCGGCGUUAGUAAGGAAAGCAGCCAUACAGCUAAUCAAGGUAUUCUUAGAAUGCAACCCAUUUUCGGCGCAAUUAAAAUUGGAUAUUUUAGAGGAGCAAUUGGCAUCAGAGCAAAAGAUACUAGACGAUCUCCAAAAGAAACUCAAUCCAGGGCCGGAUCCAGAGCUUAUUAAAAAAUGGGAGAAAAUUGAGAAAGAUGUAGUAAAUAUAAUUAAGGAGAAGAUGGACACGCUUACACAGGACGAACCCGAUUUAUCGCAGGCGACAUUAGAAAAUUUAUACGACGCAAUUCGAAGGAGCUUAAAGGAGAAAGAUUAUUAUAAGGCUUAUUUGAUUGUAAAGCACACAGAAAGACAAUACCCAGAUGCAAAGUUAUUGAGGUGCGACAUGCCUAAAAGUGAACAGAUUGACUACUUUGUUGCUUUAAUGAGAAACAUUUUUAUAAUACCUGAUAGGAGACAAUCUAUAACAGUGCCACAGGAGUGUGAGAACGAGCUUGCGCUAUAUAAAAGAGUAGAAGAAAAAGAGAGCAUAGUAGCAUUUCUCCAAGAAUCUGUACAUUUUAGCAGAAUGAUAUCUGAAGCUGUGCCUCUAGUAAACUCUUUACUGAUGUCGAAACAGGCCGGCGAUGUGAGCGAAGCAAUCGACUUCUUUACGACAGCUCAUCAUUUCAAUAUAGAAUCGGCUAAAGUGGGCGUUGCCAAUAUGCUGCUUCUCGUUUGGUCACCUGACCAAGAUAAACGUGAAGCAGUAGAACGGGCUUACAGAGAAAUGUAUUUGGAUUGUGACAACAAAGCGGAACGUGGCAGAGCUUUCACGAUCGCUAAGAACCUGGUCAACCUCAUGACCCACGUGGACCGCGGGAGUGCACUAGCGCUCGAACAUCUGGUGGAGAAAUGGGUUAACAAAGGAGAUAUAACACCUUCUAUUAUACAGGUGUUCUGGGAAAUGUUCUUAAAAAAGAUUGAUGGCACUACCGACUUGGACAGUUAUGCGGCGCUUUCCUUCCUCGUAAUGAUAGCAAAAGCCAAGCCUUCAGUAGCGCUUGCCAACCUCGAAGUCAUCCAAAAUCACGGACUCACAGGCGAUUAUAAUUCCAGAAACCUAAGCGCACAGUUGCUACUUUCUCUAUCGAAGAAAAAUCAAAGAUACCCGGCUGAUCACGCCUUAUUCACCUCUGUUUAUGACAGCCUGAUGGAAACAUUUAAUAAACACAAGAACUUCACGUCCUUUGCAGCGAAUACUAUUGAUCUUAUUUAUGCAAUUUGCGAUACGCCCGACGUGCUCUGUACGAAAAUGUUGGCUGACAUGUAUAACAGAGUAGGGGAAUUUAUGGUAAAGGAAAAAGAUAACGAGGAAGAAGCCAGCAUACCAACUGAACUGCUCACCCGAUUUGUGUUCGUUUUGGGACAAAUAGCUCUGCAACAGCUUAUUUACCUCGACAUUAGCGUGUAUAGUGAGCUAAGAAGACGCAAUCAGGUACGGGAAGAAAGGAAAGCAGAAGAGAAACGUAAGAAAAAAGCGGGAGCGUUCGCAACGCCUGCCCGACGCGGACGCGUGGACAACCUUCGACGUCAGACGCUCAUGAACGUGAGCAACGCCAGCGCUUCCUCGCGCGGACAACGCUCAGCCAGUGUCGCUUCCAAACAGGGUACUUCUACAAAUACGACAAUGACCGAAGAAGAGGCGGGUCUGGAGGGUGCGGUGGCGGACGACGCGGACGCGGAGUACGUGCGCUCGGUGUGCGAGCGCGACGUGGUGGGGGCCGGUAGCGCGCUCGCACGCUACACGCCGCUACUGCGCUGGUUGCUGGCCAACCCGGCGCGCACCUCCGCGCGCCUGCAGGCCGCCGCGGCGCUCUGCUUCACUAGGUUUAUGCUCGUAUCAAGUACUGUAUGCGAAGAAGGUCUCCAGCUGAUGGUCACAGUAUUAAAGAGGUCUAAGAAUGUAUCCCUGAGAACAAAUCUGACAAUCGCCUUUGCGGAUCUCACAUUACGCUUCCCAAAUCUAACGCAGCCUUGGACGCAUCACAUCUAUCACAUUUUAAGCGACGAGGAGCUAGAGGUCCGUCAGUGCGCUGUUAAAAUGCUGUCAUUUCUCGUACUCCAUGAGAUGGUUCGCGUUAAAGGGCAAAUAGCAGAUAUGGCUUUAUGCUGUGCGGACAAAGAUGCCCGCGUGGCCGCCAUGACACGCUUGUUCUUCAAGCAACUGUCACAGAAGGGUAAUGCAUUAUACAAUGUGAUGCCUGAUAUUAUAUCACGUCUGAGCGACCCCGAGCUUAAUGUUCCUGAGGAGCAAUAUAGAGUUAUUAUGAAAUACAUAACCUCUCUGAUACAAAAAGAUAGACAGAUGGAAGCACUAGUAGAGAAAUUAUGUCAGCGAUUUAAACUGUCUACAGAGGAGAGGCAAUGGCGAGACCUGGCAUUUUGUUUGUCGUUAUUUACAUACAACGAACGAUCGCUAAAGAAACUCAUAGAAAAUUUGGAUUGCUAUAAGGACAAGCUACACUGCUCCAGCGUAAUGGAGUCGUUUACUACUCUCAUGAAUAAUACUUCGAAAAUGGCUAAAAAUGAAAUAAAGUCGUUGGUAACAGAACUAGGAGACAAAAUUGAAGAAUGUUUUGCGGUGCGCGACGGAGAAGAAGGGGAGAAAGGGGAGGGCAGCGAGGCCGCGGACACGAGGCCCCCGCGUGCCACGCCGCGGAAGGCGCCCAGGCGAGGAAGAAGGCGCUCAUCUUCCAGCCCUGAUGAGAAUGAACCACCAAAUAAACCAUCUGACACACCGCAAUCAGUCAGGAAAUCGAGAAGGAAAAUUGUACCGAGAAACAAAACUGUCGCAAAUGAUUCAGAAGACUCAGAUGACGAUGAAUUUCAGAAAAAACCCGACGACAAUGUUUUCAAAAAACCUGCGUCAAGAAAAGGAACUCGUAGGAGAAAUUGA